CGCGAAGAGAAAAAGACACAACUGGCCCUUGUUUCGGAAUUGUUGACGUCUUUUCUUCAGUCCUUGCCCCGGCUCGCACGAAGAUGGACACCUCUGAACUUCACCAAUCCGAAUUUCAUUCAGCUAUCAACGAGCGAGGCAAUCGAGGAGGAAACCAUUCCGAGCUAUAUUUCGGGUCGGGGAAAUAUUCAAGUGCUGGUACCAAGUUGUGGGAAAACUGGGAUUUGGACCCAGUUCAACCCUGUGGCUCGCAUGUGACAUGGAGUAAGAAGACACCACUGGCAUCUUCACAUCUUCAUUAUCUUCUCACAACUCCUUCGCUAACUAAAAUUUACAGCUAUCAUCGCUAUGUCACUCUCAAGAUUUUCAUAUAG